GUGGCCAAGGAUCUGCACCUCCUCAAAAUCAGAUGCAAGCACCACAUGGCCCACCAAAUAUGAUGCAGACCAAUCUAAUGGGACUUCAUGGAAAUAUGAACAACCAGCAGGCUGGUGCUAGUGGAGUGCCCCAAGUUAACAUGGGCAACAUACAGGGACAGCCUCAGCAAGGACCACAGUCUCAGCUUAUGGGAAUGCAUCAGCAAAUCGUAUCCUCUCAAGGACAGAUGGUAAACAUUCAGGCUCAGGGAUCACUGAACCCUCAAAACCAAAUGAUACUUUCUCGAAAUCAGCUCAUGCCACAAGGCCAGAUGAUGGUGACACCACAAAACCAAAAUCUUGGUCCUUCUCCCCAAAGGAUGACCCCACCCAAACAGAUGAUUCCCCAGCAGGGACAACAGAUGAUGUCUACACACAAUCAGAUGAUGGGACCUCAGGGCCAGGUCUUGUUACAGCAAAACUCGAUGAUGGAACAGAUGAUGACCACUCAGAUGCAAGGAAAUAAACAGCCUUUUAGUACUCAAAACCAGUCCAAUGUUAUGACGGGGCCAGCUCAGCUGAUGAGAGGACCAACCCCAAACAUGCAAGGAAACAUGGUGCAGUUCACUGGGCAGAUGAUGGCACAGCAAGGCCCUGUGAAUGGUAAUCCUUCUCAGGUUAUGGGAAUGCAAGGGCAAGUUUUAAGGCCCACUGGACCUGGUCCUCACAUAUCUCAGCAACUCGGAGAUACUACUACUACAACAAAUAGUGAUGUGAACUUGACACAGAUGUUACCUGACGUUCCUGUGCAGCAGCCAAACAUGGUGCCUUCUCAUAUGCAAGCAAUGCAAGGAAACAACAAUGCUUCAGGGAGUCAUUUCUCUGGCCAUGGGCUGCCUUUCAAUACAGGGUUUAGUGGAACGCCAAAUGGGAAUCAGAUUUCCUGUGGGCAGAAUCCUGUUUUUCCGGUCAAUAAAGAUGUUACACUCACAAGUCCACUCUUGGUUAACCUUCUACAAAGCGAUAUAUCAGCAGGACACUUUGGUGUGAACAACAAACAAAAUAAUCAGAACGCCAACAAGCCGAAGAAGAAGAAGCCUCCAAGGAAGAAGAAAAAUAAUCAACAACUAGAACAAACAACGUAG